UUUAUUAUCAAUAGUCUCUCUUUCUCUAUGGUAAUCGAUUAUGCUAAAAAUCCUCGCUACAUGCUCGCGCUUGAGCUCGCUGGCUCUGCCGAUUCGACGGUUGGAGCUCGCAGUCGCAGCUCACAAUCGAUUUGUUGUCGUUUUUAAUUGGAUACAUACAACCAACAGCCACAACUUGUCAGACAAGCAGAAUCAGAAUGCAACGGAGAAUGGCAAACGGAAAAGAGAUAGCAGCAACAGUUCCAGUCCACCUUCAAAGAACAUUAAACGUACAAAGUCAAAGACAGUUUCCAAGACACCUUCGCCAAGCGUUAAGCCUCGUACCAAAUUAGGAGCUACUCCAAAAAUUAAGCCCAGUAAGCUUUCUCCUGGAGCAUCAAAAAAGGCAGAAAAAAGGCAACUGAAAGAUACGCCUGGUAAAAAGAAAAAGGAAGAGGCUGAAAAUAUAAAUGAUGCUGAAGAAAAGGUAAAGAAUAAUCAUAUAGAAAACGGUACAGCUGAAGAGAAAAAUAAAAAAGAAGAAUCUACAUUUUCGAUGAAGAAAUCAAAGUCCAAUGAGGCAGGAAAAGUAAAAAAGACUGUAAAAAAGAAAUGGUCUAAGAUAGUUCAGUUGGUAGAUUCCAGUGAUGAUGAGACUCAUCUACCUUUACCUGAAAGUCCAAAAAAAUCAGAGACUGACAACGAGGAGAAGAAGACUGAAAGUGUAGACGAGUCGAGCAACAUAAAUAAAAAUGCUUCCAAUAAUGACACAAAUGAAAGCGCUUUGGACAAUGAAGAGAAAAAUCAAAGUCCAAAGAAAGAGUCUACGCCUGAGAAAUCACAGACUUCCUCUAAGGAUGAAAAUCCAAAGAAAGAGCCUACACCCGAAAACAAGGCUAAGAAAGUGCCCAACUUUUUUAUGUUUAAGCAAAAGGGCGACACAAAAGAUGAUAAAGUGAACAAUGGAAAAAGCGCCAACCAGUCUUACAAUCCCAGCGCAUCCGUCUAUCAUCCGAUAGACAAUGCGUGCUGGAAACGAGGGGACAAAACUCCAUAUAGCGCAUUCGUGCGCACCUUGGAGAUCAUCGAAGAAACUAGUGCAAGAUUAAAGAUAAUAGAGAUACUGUCAAAUUACUUCCGAUCUGUCAUAGUUCUGACCCCCGAGGAUCUUUUGCCGAGCGUUUAUCUGUGCCUUAAUCAAUUAGCGCCAGCGUACGAAGGAGUUGAGUUUGGAAUCGCUGAUACGAAUUUGAUGAAGGCGAUAGCGCAAUGUACUGGUAGGACACUGGCACAAAUUAGAGUCGAUGUCCAGGAGGUUGGCGAUUUGGGAAUUGUAGCAGAAAAUAGUAAAUCUAAUCAGAGAACCAUGUUUCAACCAGCACCAUUGACGGUUCCCAACGUAUACUCUAGAUUGAUGGAAAUUGCUCAGAUGACAGGACACGCGUCUCUAUCGAAAAAGUUAGAUAAAAUUCAGACGCUGUUUGUAGCAUGCCGUAAUACAGAAGCAAGAUAUCUAGUUAGAUUGGUGGCUGGGAAGCUUCGUAUCGGAUUGGCGGAACAAUCUGUUUUACAAGCAUUAGCUUUAGCUUGUGCGAUGACACCGCCAGAACAAAAGUAUCCACCAGAAAUUCUGAACGCAAGCAAAAAGAUGUCGAGUGAUCGUUUCAAAGAGAAAUAUGAUCAAAUAGCACUUAUAUUGAAAACAACAUAUUGUGAAUGUCCGAAUUAUAAUCGUAUAAUUCCUGUUUUACUGGAAGACGGAAUUAAUACCUUGCCGAGCAAGUGCAAACUUACUCCUGGAAUACCCUUGAAACCUAUGUUGGCGCAUCCUACCAAAGGUGUUCAAGAAGUCCUAACGCGAUUUGAGGGUUUGAAAUUUACUUGUGAAUGGAAGUAUGACGGGGAAAGAGCUCAGAUACACGUUGCGGACGAUGGUCAAAUAAAAAUAUACAGUAGAAAUCAGGAGGACAAUACUACCAAGUAUCCAGAUAUCAUUAAGCGAUUCAAGAAUAGUCGCGGUGAUGAAGUGAAGAAUUGUAUACUCGAUUGCGAGGCGGUCGGUUGGGAUAGCGACAAGAAACAAAUUUUACCGUUCCAAAUACUCAGUACAAGAAAGCGGAAGGAUGCUAAUGAGGAGGAUAUUAAAGUACAAGUAUGCGUGUUUAUGUUUGAUCUGUUAUAUCUAAAUGAUGAACCAUUGGUGAAGGAACCGUUCCUGAAACGUCGUGAGUUGUUGAAACAGCAUUUCAAGGAAGUGGAAGGUGAAUGGAAAUUCGCUAAUAGUUUAGAUGCCUCGACGAUGGAAGAGGUGGAAGUUUUUUUGGACGAAUCUGUGAAGGGAAAUUGCGAGGGUUUGAUGGUAAAGACGUUGGAAAAGGAGGCGACCUAUGAGAUCGCGAAGCGAUCGAGAAACUGGCUGAAGCUGAAAAAGGACUACUUGGAUGGCGUCGGCGAUACGCUCGACGUAGUUGUAAUCGGUGGUUAUAUCGGCAAGGGAAAGAGGACUGGCACUUAUGGUGGUUUCCUCUUAGCUUGUUAUGAUCAGGAAAAUGAAGAGUACCAGAGCGUCUGUAAGAUCGGUACGGGAUUCAAAGAAGAUGACCUCGAAAAUCACACCAAAUUCUUCAAAGAUCUUAUAGUACCACAGGCCAAAUCGUACUAUCGCUUCGAUAGCAGUCAUGAGCCGGAUCACUGGUUUGAGCCAGUUCAAGUUUGGGAGAUCAAGUGUGCCGAUCUCUCCCUCUCGCCAGUACACAGAGCAGCUAUCGGAAUAGUUGAUCCAGAAAAGGGAAUAUCUUUAAGGUUUCCGCGAUUUAUCAGGAUCCGCGAGGAUAAGACCUGCGAACAGGCCACUUCUGCUCAAGACGUGGCAAAUAUGUAUAAUAAUCAAGAACAGAUAAAAAAUAAAACUCCGGUAUCGAAAGCCACGGAGGAAGAUUUCUAUUAAUUUUUUAUUUCACGACGCAUAAA